AUGGCCUCUUCCACAGAUCUAAUGGAUAUGGAUCCAAUAACUGAUCAGGGAGUCAUCUGUGCAGAAUUAAAUCUUCAAAAUGUGUCUGAAGACCUGCAAGGGAAUGACAAGAACUACCACUGCAAAAAUAAAGCACACAGUAAGGCACAAGAUUUGCUGUCAUCUCUAGAGAAGCUCAUUGCUGGGAUUUUGGGAACCACCUGCCUUGUCGUGACCUAUACUGUAGCUAGAAUGAUAAGUUCUCUUCCCUGUAGUGGAACACCACAGCACAACAAUUCGUACCCAGUUACAAGAAUCCAGAAAUUAGAUCCAUGUGGUCAUUGUCCAAAAGAGUGGAUUACGUAUUCCAACAAUUGCUAUUACAUUAGCACUGAAAGAAAAUCAUGGAAUGAGAGUUUGUUGUCCUGUACGCCCCUGUCCUAUGUUUCUAAGAACUCUACCCUGCUCUACAUAGAGAAUGAAGAAGAAAUGUUCUUGAAUAUAAUUUCCUAUAUUACCUCCUGGAUUUAC